UCUCUCCCUGCUCUAAUUAAGUUGCGUUACCAUGGCUCCUCUUUUCUUAUUGCUUUCCAUUUCCAUCCUUUCAACCUCCGCUCUUCCUCAAACUUAUCAACACCAACACCAACAAUUGCUGUUGCGAUUUAAAGAUGCCAUUUCUCACAACAGCACCACUUCUCUGCCCGAUUGGACUCCCCAUCGACCCCUCUGCAAUUGGUCUGGGCUCACCUGCGAUCCAUCGUCUCACUCUAUCCUCGCCCUCAAUUUAUCCCUAAUGAACCUACACGGCACCAUCUCUCCUGUCCUAGGGAACCUCUCUUCUCUUCGAUCCAUCGAUCUGUCUAACAAUGCCCUCACUGGUCACAUUCCACCUCAACUCGCCCAACUUCCCCGUAUGCACAAACUCUGGCUGCAUGCCAACCAAUUACAAGGACCAAUUCCCCCCUCUCUCUCCGAUUGCCGCAGUUUGCAUGACCUGAGACUCUCUUAUAACCAACUGCAUGGCAGCAUUCCGCCUGACCUGGGUCGCCUCACAAGUCUGACGAUUCUUUACUUAGGAGCAAAUAAUCUCACAGGCACCAUUCCCCAUUCUUUAGGAAACCUGUCCGCCUUAGUUGAAUUGUACUUGGGAGACAACCAUCUCACCGGUACCAUUCCCAGUUUUCUCGGAAAUAUGUCUUCCUUAGUUAAAUUGGAAUUGGAAUCAAGUGGUCUCACAGGUACCAUUCCCCCUCAAUUGGGCAUGCUCACUGACCUGCAGGUUCUUUACCUUUGGCAAAAUAACCUAUCAGGCACCAUUCCUACCUCUUUGGGAAAUCUCUCAAAAUUGACAGAAUUAGCCUUGUACGAAAACCAUCUCCAAGGCCCCAUUCCCUCUGAAUUGAACAGACUCACUCAUCUGCAAGGUCUUUACCUCUGGGCAAAUUUCUUAUCUGGCACCAUUCCCCGUGAAUUGGGCAUGCUCACUAACCUGCAGUUGCUUUACCUUAGUAUGAAUAACUUAUCAGGCACGAUUCCCAGCUCUUUCGGAAACCUCUCAAAAUUGACUGAGUUAUAUUUGUCAGAAAACCAUCUCCAAGGCUCCAUUCCCUCUUUGUCAAAUCUGUCGAAAUUGAAGAGAUUAUAUUUAUCAAAAAACCAACUUAGUGGGCUUAUUACUUAAAAAUUGGUAUCAAGCUCUCUAAUUUACAUUUCCCUAGUUUGCCUCGAAAUCUACAUAGUGGAAAAAUAACAGAUUCUAAUCGUAGCCUGCAUCAGCUAACAUAUCUUUGUAUCUACCACCAGAAUAUAACAGGGGAGAUGUCUGUUAAUUUAGUGGGAUGUCAGAUGAUGAAGGUUCUUUGCUUUGGGUACCCUUUUAGACAACACAUUUGCACUCAAAGAAUCUUUUGACUAUAAUGUUCCAGACUAUGGAUUGUGCGGAGUGUUUGUACGAAAGGAGAUGUUUAAGGUUGUCGAAUUCUGAUAUUAGAGAGGUAGUUUCAAGGAAGUGAUGAAAUGUUUGUGAGAGAUAUUAUUGACGAACGACAAUAGAUAUCUUUCUUUCAUUUAUGUUGGUUUGUCUCUAAUGGAGUUUCUUGUCUAACUCCAUUUAUUACUGCAAUAGAGAUAUUGUGGAUCACCAAGACAACUGCCUCAACACAUCUUUCAAAGGAAGGUGAAAUCUACCAUGCAAAGCAUCCUUCACAAUAACAA